CUAUGUCCUAUAGUCCAAUAUCCGUGGUUGUGGGCGUGUUCCUGCUCCCGCCUUGCCUCCUCGAUGCCGCCAGACCACAACAACAACAUGCAGACGCAGUAGGGGACUGGGACAUCAAUUUCGUGUCCGCGCCAAGGCCUUCUGCUUGCUGACUGUGGCGUCGUGAUUACCUUCCAGCCGCCUCUAAGGUUUUCUUCGACUGGCUGUGUAUGUUGCCACCAUCAUGGAUCCACGCAUAACAGUCAACUUCACAUGUCAGCGUUGUCUCAACCCUAUUCAGCUGGAGCCAGCCUUCUCACACCUCAAUGAACACACUUUGGCCGAGUUGGCAUUGCCCAUAUACUGUGGCGAGGAAGUGGUGUUUGACCCAGCAGAAAUAGACAAGCUGGUGCCUCCACUACAGUUGACGGACUCUGGGCCACACCACCAUGGCUUUACAUUGGUUGGAGAGUCAGGAGACACAGAAAAGACACAGCCUCUCAAGGUGGCAACUGGGCUCUUUGACCUGGUCAGCUCCAACAGUGACCUGGACCACCCCCUGUGUGAAGAAUGCACUGAUGCCCUGCUGGACCUGAUGGACACCACACUCUCACGCACUCAGACACAGGCCCAGCUUUGCCAGCAGCUCCUUGCCUCCCUCAAUGACAUGCCAGAGACUGAUGUUUCUGCCCUUGAGAGGGAGUUGGAAAAUUUGGAGAUGGAAGAGAAGCGGCUGGUGGAGGAGCUGGCAGAUGUGGAGAGGGAGCAGAAGGGAGCUCAAGAAGUACUCAAGAUGCAUGAAGAAGAGAAAAAAAGGCUGGAGGAGGAAGAGGAAAGGUACUGGCGGGAGUACUGCACUCACAGAGCUCAACUCACAGCCAUGGAGGAUGAGAACAGGAGCCUGAAGAACCAGGUGAAGUACACGCAGGGCCAGCUGGAGCGGCUCAGGAAGACCAACAUCUUCAACACCACCUUCCACAUCUGGCAUUCAGGACAUUUUGGGACCAUCAACAACCUUCGUCUCGGCCGACUGCCCACUGUCACUGUCACCUGGCAAGAGAUCAAUGCUGCAUGGGGCCAGACUGUCCUCCUCUUGGCAUCCCUUGCUCGAAAGAUUGGACUAAAGUUUUCCAAGUACAGAUUGGUGCCUUUUGGUAAUCAUUCUUACAUCGAGGUAAUUGGAGAGAACAAGGAGCUGCCUUUGUAUGGGUCUGGAGGUUUCAAGUUCCUGUGGGACACCAAGUUUGAUGCAGGAAUGUCUGCAUUCCUGGAGUGUCAGGCUGAAUUCCAGCAACAUGUGGAGGCUCAGGGGGCACAAAAUGCCUGCUUCUGCUUUCCUUAUCGCAUCAACAAGAAUUUUAUUGAAGAUCGGAACUCCAAUAACUCCCUCUCCAUCAAGAUGCAGUUUAACAGUGAGGAGCAGUGGACUAAGGCGCUAAAGUUCCUGUUGACAAACCUCAAGUGGGGACUCACCUGGGCCUCCACCCUGUUCUCCAUCACCCCAGGAGACACUAGCUAGGGAUGAGUAGGUCUAGUCACUGCAGCCGGGACAGUCCACAUCAACCAAAGUAUUCCUAAUUCUAGUAUCACAGAGUAGGAUUCGCCCAUUAACAUCUAAGGAAAAAAUGUCAGAUGGCGUCAGUACUUUGAAUGAAAAACUUUCAUCAUUGAACAUUUUCAGGGGGCUCCCAUAAUUUUUCAUGUACAGGUAUUACAUUUGGAAUUAUAUCAUCACAGUUGCAUUUUUCUGACUGUGGACAGUUGGUAUGUUUGUUUCAUGCCUUCUGACAGGCACACUAUUUUUUAUUAUUAUUAUAAUUCUAUUUGGUCUUAUCAAUAUUAUUACUUUGGUACUGUUUUUUUUGCAAGCUCAUUAGCUCAAGAGGUUUCAAAUGAUAUGCAUGAUGGGGCCAUGUCAGCCCUAAGUAAGGCUGAUAUGAGGAGAAAUCCGUGUGUAGACAUGCAUGGAUGUACACAAAAGGAUGCAAUUGCAGGAUUAUGUUUGCAGUUUAAUUGAAUGCAAAAUGAAUGUGCUAUACUUUCUGCUGUUGCUGUUGAAAAAUUUCUUGACAUAUUAUGUAUUCUGUGAUAAUUUCAUAUAGUUUAUGCUGUGAAACAUAUAUUGUAUUGCAAUUCAAAACUCUUACAAAAGAAAAUGCUGUGAUAAAAUAUAAAAUUGAUUGGUUGUAUGUAUCAUAUACAUUUCUCAGUAAUUGAAAACAUAUGUGGUGCAGUGGUUAGCACUCCUGGCACACAACUGAGAAGGGCUGGGUUGGAUCACAGGGUAGAGCUGAGGCAGAGGGGUGCCUCCUCAGACCUUUGCCUGUGCUACUUAGGAGUCCUGAGGUACUAGGUAUAAGUUUGGAUGUUGUGAUCCUGACCUUGGGGAGGUGACCCUCGCCAAUGCAUCUUCCAUCACAGCACUUACCUGUGGCACCAUACUAUGGGGAGGGUUGGCUUUUAGAGGAUGGAGCAUACAGGUUCAGGGCACCCAAGGGUUUGUAUGCUUAACAUUAUGAUUUUUCUUGGGCAUGCAGAGAUUAGCCUAGGUCUUUAAAUCUUUAAAUUAUAUACAGUAGUGUCUGCCCUGGGCAACACUUACUAGGGGACUUUACUAAUUUUGUUUCUUAGGGUGAAAUAUAGACAUUUAUCAUGCAAGCCCUGCCCAUUUACAUAAGUUUGAAUGUUGUGUUUGACAAAUUAUAUGCCUUAUUUAUUUAAUAAAAUACAGUAUUAAAUCUUG